CCCAUCUGAGUAUGCACGAUUGAUAAGAAGAGGGGUUCGCGAAUGCUACUCUACGAUAAUCCCUGGUAACUGUCGUCAUUGAGAGAAGACUAACGAUUUUUGAUGUCCGGUGAAGGGAUUCAAUGUCCAAUCAUUGUUGAGAUGAUUACCCACGAGCCCGGCCGUCUGAAGAAAGCACGUGGCGAGCGUCCAUUCAGAGCGAGAAACAAACAGCCUGGGAUGGAAGCUGCGGAAGCUCAUCCUAGGCACCUUGCUCCAGGAACCAAAUUGAAAUAGGAGUUCAUAAAUGGCGGCCUCCGCCAUCAAAGCUUAUCGAUGGCUCUUGCUUGGCAACCAACUGGUCAGCUCUUCGCAGUCAUUUCAUUGGCACCUCAAUUUUCUACACAUUGAUAGGCACAGCCAAUAUGGUUCAGGCCAUCUUUGCUGUCUUGGCCCUGGCCACUGCGGCAUCGGGUGCCUUUACAGGUAACCUUAACUACCUGUCGCCGUCCAAGCACCACGCCUCGCUCGGUGUCUCCAUCAACAAGGUCGCCAAGCGCACUUACGCCAACUCCCACUGGGAUCCGGCCAAGCUCAACUUCACGCAUGGCGUGGCGUCCGGCGACCCGUACGAAGACAGCGUCAUCUUGUGGACGCGAGCUGCCCCGACAGCCGACAAUGAUAAGAGCAAUCUGACCGUCAGCGGCUACGUUCCUCUUUAUGACCACAGCACCGAGGACUACGUGAAGAAGAGUGACUCGCCGGUCUGCGUUGACUGGAAAAUCAGCGCGAGCAAGAGUCUUGAUUCUGUUGUUGACUCUGGUACUGCUUACACGAGCUCUGAUGUGGAUUACACUGUCAAAGUUGAGGCCAAGCGGUUGACGCCUUUCACGGUCUACUACUAUCAGUUUGGUAUCUGCAACUCCAACAAGACGUCUCCGAUCGGUCGCACAAAGACAAUCCCUUCAAAGAACUCCCGAGUUGAAACGCCGAUCAAGCUUGCCGUUUACUCCUGCAGCAACUACCCUUUUGGUUUCUUUAACGCAUACGGCAACCCAGUACGAAAGGACUCAGUCGAUUACGUGAUCCAUCUUGGGGACUACAUUUACGAGUAUGGCAAUGGCGAGUACGGUUGGGGCAAUUCAAUCGAUAGAAUCCCUCUUCCCGAUCGCCAGAUCUACACUCUAUAUGACUACCGCAAGCGCAUUGCGACCUACAGAACCGAUUUGGACUUGGUAGCUAGCCACCAGAGUUUCCCUUGGAUCCCCGUUUGGGAUGAUCACGAGGUCUCGGACAAUACGUGGAGAGAUGGCGCGUCUGAGCUCAACAACACUGAAGAAUCUUUCAUCGCUGAUGGAGGUGUCUCGGUUGAUCAGCGCAAGAUGAACGCUGUUCGCGCAUACUUUGAGUGGAUGCCCAUCCGCCAAGUCGAUAUGGAUGACAACCUCCGCAUCUGGAGAGAAUUCAACUUUGGCAACCUCUUCGACCUUGUGAUGCUAGAUACUCGCCAGUAUGAUCGCGCUAUCACCGAUGUCUAUACCAACACCGACUACGUCCAUGCCAUUUCCAACGACGCAAGCCGCUCCCUUAUGGGCCCCCGCCAAGAAGCCUGGUUCUACAAAACCCUCCGCCAAAGCUCCACCCGCGGCGCGACCUGGCGCGUCAUCGGCAACCAAAUCAUCUUCAGCCGCAUGAACGAGAGCCUGGCCCUCGGUGCCGAGAACCCGAUGAACUACGACCAAUGGGACGGAUACCAAGCCAACCGCAACCGCACCUUCCAGGUCCUGUACGAGGAAAACGUCGGCAACAAUAUCUUCCUCGCGGGUGACUCACACGCCUCGUGGGUUUCCGAUCUUGUUUGGCUCGGCGAGCACGAGUACGACCAGAACACGGGCUCUGGCUCCGUCGGCGUCGAGUUUGCGGGCUCGGCUGUGAGCUCACCGUGCCCGAUUGGGCAGAAUGUCUCGCUGGCGGUGGCGAAUGCGGGAUCCGCGUGGCUUACGGCUGCGAACCGCGAGUUGCAGUGGCAAGACCUAUUUUACAGGGGCUAUUAUGAGCUCAGCAUCGACUACGAUGCUGUGAACGCUUCGUUCUUUGGUAUCCCUACGACGAGAAUCAAGCAAGGAUACGAGAUCUCCUUGGCCAACUUUACUGUGCUGGCUGGUGAGAAUAAGCUGCGUCGUCUGAACGGUUCUGCGGCUGUUGGAGGUGUUGCUGAGAGUGGCAGCUUGAAGAAUGGUCGCGUUGUACAGACGAACUUGACGCAUGAUACAGGCAGCGGCGCGUACCUGAAGUACGACUCGCCUUGAGGCGUGCAUUGACGACGAGACAGGAAGUUUUCUAUUCUCUUUGGACAUAAUUACGUUCCUUGCUAUGGUGUAGGCGAAGAACAAUUCCCGUGAGCCUGUUUGUCGCAGGCGCACUUUCAAGUACAUAUUCUUUUCGAUACCUAAAGUAGUCACAUUCACACACAGCCAAAACUCAGGUGCACCUCACUUAGCGUGCAAAGUGCCGAGCGCCGGCCCCACAACCCACUAAAUCAACUUCGUC